AUGGAGAGAGUGGCGUCAAAGAAGGAAGUACAAGAAAUGAAGCAACGGUUACUGGAAAAGAUGGGGUUAAGGCUUGAGAAUUUGAAGGCGGCGAAGGUGGCGAAGGUGGCCGGGAGAGACGGCGAAGUGUUCAUCCACAUGUCCAAGGUCAUUUCUCAAGAUGUAUUCACAAUCCAGGACCGUGAUAUUUUAUCCAGUGCAUUUAACACCAUCAUUGCGGAGAGGAGAGCCUCCAUUCGCGUGAUCAGUGCGAUCGAAAAGAAAACGGCCGACAAUGAAGAAGGAUCCGCUGCUUCCAUUAAGAUGUAUCGCAGGAAGGUUCAAGGUGAGAUUCGUCUUAUCACAGAUUUCUUGGAAUCGAUGCUUAAGAACCUCACUCAGCAUAAAGAUGAAGUAGAUGAUUUGAGGGCUAAAAUUGGCAAAAUUAGGGCGGAGUUCUCAGACGAAGACGAGGACACGUUGUUUCUUGGCGGAAGGUCUUGGGGCGAGGGUCGUAUUGUUCAUGCAAAUUUAGCCUUCAAAUGUGGUCGAUUCAAAGAGGCUCUGAAGUUUGUUCAGCAAUCUAUUGCCUUUAAAGGUACAAGAAUGACCGAAAAAGAAUUUGAGGUGCUUCACGGUUCAUGUACCAAACUGAUCGAAAAGCGAUUGAAGUCUCUUGAUGCCCUCGAUUCUGGGGGAGAAGAUCUUGAUCCUAGGCUGGUGGAAUUUUAUAAAGAGAAGAUCAAAACUGAGUUGAGCUUUGUGUGCAGAAGCACUCUAAGACUACUCCUUCUUAUAGAUGAAUCAUCAGAUACCCUUAACAUGAUUCAGAAACUCCGGGCUACUUUGUUAGAGAUUGGGAAAGCAGAGAAGGGAACUGAUGAUGAGGAGCCAGAGGAAGCGGUGGUGGAGUCUACAGAAUUCAAGGAACAUCAAUAUAACCGCCCUGGCUAUCAUAAAUUUACCAAGGCUGCUUCCAAGAAGUCGGGAGAUAAGAAAGAGGCGGAGAAGCAUCCCGGACAAAGGAAAGACUUGGAUGAUAUAGAACGGAUCAGGCUUAGGAAGGCGAGGCAAGAAAAAGAAAAGGCAUCCCUGCUUGAUUGGUAUCGAAGAGUUAGAGAUCAGACGAACUUCAAGUCCAAGGUCCUCCUGUACCUGAACAAAUUGACAGGAGACAUGAUAUUUGAUCAUAUAAGAAGGCAGGCUAAAACUUUCUCAGUUCCUGACAAUUUGAGGGCAACUGAACUGAAUGAACUCAACCACAAGAAUCAGACUACCGAAGUUUACUGCCAGAAGCAAUUCCAGAAGAUUCUAGCCGGAUUAAUUCAGCUACAGUUCCAGGCUUUAUUGGGGUUCUAA